CGGAUUGUUUCUCUCCUGAGCUGUUUCCGCCGCCAUUGCAGGUUUCAAGAGUUCAGUACUGCGGCCACUGAUUGUCAUUCAGGGGAAAAGCACAAGUAAACAUCAACGGGCAAACAUAAUAGUUAGCCUAACGACAUCGCAUUUCUAAAAGAGUGUUCCCAUCUUCUCCUUUGGACCCUUAACAAGCCGUUCUGUGGCUGUCCGGGUCGGACCUGAGUGAAGAAGCCGUAGUUAGCAAUAGGAGAUCCAGGAGGAGUGAGAGCUGAGAGGAACCGCCAUGGCUCAGAUCCUGCCUAUCCGCUUCCAGGAGCACCUGCAGCUCCAAAACCUGGGAAUCAACCCGGCCAACAUCGGGUUCAGCACCCUGACCAUGGAGUCAGACAAGUUCAUCUGCAUCCGUGAGAAGGUGGGGGAGCAGGCGCAGGUGGUGAUCAUCGACAUGAACGACCCCAACACCCCCAUCCGCAGACCCAUCUCCGCAGACAGCGCCAUCAUGAACCCCGCCAGCAAGGUCAUCGCACUGAAGGCGGCGAAAACCCUUCAGAUCUUUAACAUCGAGAUGAAGAGCAAGAUGAAGGCCCACACCAUGACGGACGACGUCACCUUCUGGAAGUGGAUCUCCCUCAACACCGUGGCGCUCGUGACGGACAACGCCGUCUACCACUGGAGCAUGGAGGGGGACUCCCAGCCAAUCAAAGUGUUCGACCGGCACUCCAGCCUGGCGGGCUGCCAGAUCAUCAACUACCGCACCGACGCCAAGCAGAAGUGGCUGCUUCUCAUUGGCAUUUCUGCACAGCAAAACCGUGUGGUGGGAGCCAUGCAGCUGUACUCGGUGGACAGGAAGGUGUCACAGCCCAUCGAGGGCCACGCGGCUGGUUUCGCUCAGUUUAAGAUGGAGGGGAACGCUGAGGAGUCCACCCUGUUCUGCUUCGCCGUGCGGGGCCAGGCAGGAGGAAAGUUGCACAUCAUCGAAGUGGGCACCCCGCCGACAGGGAACCAGCCUUUUCCGAAGAAGGCGGUGGACGUGUUCUUCCCCCCUGAGGCCCAGAACGACUUCCCCGUGGCCAUGCAGAUCAGCUCCAAGCAGGACGUGGUGUUCCUCAUCACCAAAUACGGCUACAUCCACCUGUACGACCUGGAGACGGGCACCUGCAUCUACAUGAACAGAAUCAGCGGCGAGACCAUCUUCGUCACGGCCCCCCACGAGGCCACGGCCGGCAUCAUCGGGGUCAACAGGAAGGGGCAGGUGCUGUCGGUGUGCGUGGAGGAGGAGAACAUCAUCCCCUACAUCACCAACGUGCUGCAGAACCCGGACCUGGCGCUGCGCAUGGCCGUCCGCAACAACCUAGCCGGCGCCGAGGAGCUCUUCGCCCGCAAGUUCAACAACCUGUUCGCCGGCGGAAACUACUCUGAGGCCGCCAAAGUGGCCGCCAACGCACCGAAGGGAAUCCUGCGCACUCCGGACACCAUCCGCCGCUUCCAGAGCGUUCCCGCCCAGCCUGGACAGACCUCCCCCCUGCUCCAGUACUUCGGGAUCCUGCUGGACCAGGGCCAGCUCAACAAGUACGAGUCCCUGGAGCUGUGCAGGCCCGUCCUGCAGCAGGGCCGCAAGCAGCUGCUGGAGAAGUGGCUGAAGGAGGACAAGCUGGAGUGCUCCGAGGAGCUGGGGGACCUGGUGAAGUCUGUGGACCCCACCCUGGCCCUCAGCGUCUACCUGAGGGCCAACGUCCCCAACAAGGUCAUCCAGUGCUUCGCCGAGACUGGCCAGUUCCCCAAAAUCGUCCUGUACGCCAAGAAGGUGGGGUACACUCCAGACUGGAUCUUUCUGCUCCGGAACGUGAUGCGCAUCAGUCCGGACCAGGGCCUGCAGUUCUCCCAGAUGCUGGUGCAGGACGAGGAGCCCCUAGCUGACAUCACGCAGAUUGUGGACGUGUUCAUGGAGUACAACCUGAUCCAGCAGUGCACCUCCUUCCUGCUGGACGCGCUGAAGAACAACCGCCCGUCAGAGGGCCCUCUGCAGACCCGUCUGCUGGAGAUGAACCUCAUGCACGCCCCGCAGGUUGCCGACGCCAUCCUGGGAAACCAGAUGUUCACCAACUACGACCGUGCCCACAUCGCCCAGCUGUGCGAGAAGGCGGGGCUCCUGCAGCGGGCGCUGGAACACUACACUGACCUGUACGACAUCAAGCGGGCCGUGGUGCACACGCACCUGCUCAACCCCGAGUGGCUGGUGAACUUCUUCGGCUCUUUGUCCGUGGAGGACUCCCUGGAGUGCCUGCGGGCCAUGCUCUCCGCCAACAUCCGGCAGAACCUGCAGAUCUGCGUCCAGGUGGCGUCCAAAUACCACGAGCAGCUGUCCACCCAGUCCCUCACUGAGCUCUUCGAGUCCUUCAAGAGCUUCGAGGGUCUGUUCUACUUCCUGGGCUCCAUCGUGAACUUCAGCCAGGACCCAGAGGUCCACUUCAAGUACAUCCAGGCGGCGUGCAAGACCGGCCAGAUCAAGGAGGUGGAGCGCAUCUGCAGGGAGAGCAACUGCUACGACCCCGAGCGCGUGAAGAACUUCCUGAAGGAGGCCAAGCUGACCGACCAGCUCCCGCUGAUUAUCGUGUGCGACCGAUUCGACUUUGUCCACGACCUGGUCCUCUACUUGUACCGCAACAACCUGCAGAAGUACAUCGAGAUCUAUGUGCAGAAGGUGAACCCCAGCCGUCUGCCGGUGGUGAUCGGAGGCCUCCUGGACGUGGACUGCUCUGAGGACGUCAUAAAGAACCUCAUCCUGGUGGUGAGGGGACAGUUCUCCACCGACGAGCUGGUGGCUGAGGUGGAGAAGAGAAACAGACUGAAGCUGCUCUUGCCCUGGCUGGAAGCCCGCAUCCACGAGGGCUGCGAGGAGCCGGCCACCCACAAUGCUCUGGCCAAGAUCUACAUCGACAGCAACAACAACCCCGAGCGCUUCCUGCGCGAGAACCCCUUCUACGACAGCCGCGUGGUGGGCAAGUACUGCGAGAAGAGGGACCCCCACCUGGCCUGCGUGGCCUACGAGCGCGGGCAGUGCGACCAGGAGCUCAUCAACGUGUGCAAUGAGAACUCCCUCUUCAAGAGCCUGUCCCGCUACCUGGUCCGCCGCAGGGACCCCGAGCUCUGGGCCAGUGUGCUGCUGGAGAGCAACCCCUUCAGGAGGCCCCUCAUCGACCAGGUGGUGCAGACCGCUCUGUCUGAAACGCAAGAUCCAGAGGAGGUGUCCGUCACGGUCAAGGCCUUCAUGACUGCCGACCUUCCCAAUGAGCUCAUCGAACUUCUGGAGAAGAUCGUUUUGGACAACUCUGUUUUCAGUGAACACAGAAACCUGCAGAACCUCCUGAUCCUCACGGCCAUCAAAGCGGACCGGACGCGCGUCAUGGAGUACAUCAACCGCCUGGACAACUACGACGCCCCCGACAUUGCCAACAUCGCCAUCAGCAACGAGCUCUUCGAGGAGGCCUUCGCCAUCUUCCGCAAGUUCGACGUCAACACGUCUGCAGUGCAGGUGCUGAUCGAGCACAUCGGGAACCUGGACCGCGCCUACGAGUUCGCCGAGCGCUGCAACGAGCCGGCGGUGUGGAGCCAGCUGGCCAAGGCGCAGCUGCAGAAGGGCCUGGUGAAGGAGGCCAUCGACUCCUACAUCAAGGCCGACGACCCGUCCUCGUACAUGGAGGUGGUGCAGGCGGCUGACCAGAGCGGAAACUGGGAGGACCUGGUGAAGUUCCUGCAGAUGGCGCGGAAGAAGGCCCGGGAGUCGUACGUGGAGACGGAGCUCAUCUUCGCCCUGGCCAAAACCAACCGCCUGGCGGAGCUGGAGGAGUUCAUCAACGGGCCCAACAACGCCCACAUCCAGCAAGUGGGUGACCGGUGCUACGAUGAGAAGAUGUAUGACGCCGCAAAGUUACUGUACAACAACGUCUCCAACUUCGGGCGUUUGGCCUCCACCCUCGUGCACCUGGGCGAGUACCAGGCCGCUGUGGACGGGGCGCGCAAGGCCAACAGCACCCGCACAUGGAAGGAGGUGUGCUUCGCCUGUGUGGAUGGGAAGGAGUUCCGCCUGGCCCAGAUGUGCGGCCUUCACAUCGUGGUCCACGCCGACGAGCUGGAGGAGCUGAUCAACUACUACCAGGACCGCGGAUACUUCGAGGAGCUCAUCACCAUGCUGGAGGCCGCUCUGGGGCUGGAGCGGGCGCACAUGGGCAUGUUCACGGAGCUGGCCAUCCUCUACUCCAAAUUCAAGCCCCAGAAGAUGAGGGAGCACCUGGAGCUCUUCUGGUCCCGAGUCAACAUCCCAAAGGUUCUGAGGGCUGCAGAGCAGGCCCACCUAUGGGCAGAGCUGGUGUUCCUCUACGACAAGUACGAGGAGUACGACAACGCCAUCAUCACCAUGAUGAACCACCCCACAGACGCCUGGAAGGAGGGGCAGUUCAAAGACAUUAUCACCAAGGUGGCCAAUGUGGAGCUGUAUUACAAAGCAAUCCAGUUUUAUUUGGAGUUCAAGCCCUUGUUACUGAAUGACCUGCUCAUCGUGCUGUCUCCCCGGCUCGACCAUUCCCGUGCAGUCAACUUCUUCUCCAAGGUUAAACAGCUGCCGCUCGUUAAGCCUUACCUGCGAUCUGUACAGAAUCACAACAACAAGUCAGUCAAUGAAGCACUUAACAAUCUCUUCAUCACAGAGGAAGACUACCAGGCUCUGCGGACGUCUAUAGACGCCUACGACAACUUCGAUAACAUUUCCCUCGCCCAGCGGCUGGAGAAGCACGAGCUGAUCGAGUUCAGGAGAAUCGCGGCUUACCUCUUCAAGGGAAACAACCGCUGGAAGCAGAGCGUGGAGCUCUGCAAGAAGGACAAACUCUACAAGGAUGCAAUGCAGUACGCGUCGGAGUCGAAGGACACGGAGCUGGCGGAGGAGCUGCUCCAGUGGUUCCUGCAGGAGGACAAGAAGGAGUGCUUCGCCGCCUGCCUGUUCACCUGCUACGACCUGCUGCGGCCCGACGUGGUCCUGGAGACCGCCUGGAGGCACAACAUCAUGGAGUUCUCCAUGCCCUACUUCAUCCAGGUCAUGAGGGAGUACCUGAGCAAGGUUGAUGCAAUUAAGGAAAAGGUGGACAAGCUGGAUGCCUCCGAGUCGCUGAGGAAAGAGGAGGAGCAGGCCACAGAGACUCAGCCCAUUGUCUACGGCACACCCCAGCUGAUGCUGACCGCGGGCCCCAGCGUCCCCGUCCCGCCCCAGCAGGCCUACGGCUACGGCUACACGGCGCCCGCCGGGUACGGGCAGGCCCCCCCGCCGCAGCCGGGCUUUGGCUACAGCAUGUAGACCCCCCCGACACCCGCCCCCACCUCCGCCCGUGCCCGGCGUCAUCCAUCCACCUCUCCUUCCGCUCUCCAGCCAGCUCAUUAUUACGGUCUUCUACUCACAACAGGGGAUUCAGAUACAAAUGUAUUCUUUUUUUAUUCUUUUCCUUUUAAAGCUGUCAUGAAGGACUCCAUUUUAUUCCUAUUGUUUAAAGAAAAAAGAAAAAAAGAUCGGAUCACAAUGUUUGAUUUUGUUUUUUUUCCACAUUCCAUAUUAUUUACUAGAAUUAUUAUAAUUUUUUUGUCUUAUUUUAAAGGGGAAUGGUUUGUGUACAUAAGAGGGCUUGUGGGAAGAGCAAGUCCUCUUCUUAAUUAAAAAAAAAAAAAAAGGUCUCUUGUGAAGCAUCUGAUUUGCACUCUGUAGUGAGAAGAUACUAAUGUAGAUCUCUUCAUUUUGAUGUAUGUGAGCAGCUUGUUCUGUCCGUCUGUAAAAGGCAUUUAAUUAUUGUAUAUUGAGGAAAAGUAAAAAAAAAAAAAAGAAGAAAAAAAAAAAAGCUACAAUGUUCGUAAUAUUUGAACAUAAAGACUGCCGCUUCCAUGACUACAACUAGAAACACUACGUAAUACCAGUAUAUCCUACACGGUUUGUGUAGCUAUAUAAAAGAUUAUUUUAAAUGCAUACAGACAAAAUUUAAAGAAGUGAGAUUUUAUUCCUCCCCAGCCUAUGCAGGUUCUCCAAAUUAACUGUGUAGAAGUUGUUGGUGUCUUUUUGUUCACUCCACGUGUGACUGUAUACAGUGCUUUUGUGUGGGACCAUUCCAUUUGAGGAGGGAUAUAUUAAAAAAAAAUCUGACCUGUGUGUGUUUACUAACCCCUUCCUUCGUGCUGAGGUUUGUCUAUGCUGGAUAUUGUGGUGUUCUAGGUCGCUGUUUUGAGUGUACAGAAGAGAGAAUUUUAAAAAACCCAAUAACCUGCUGCCCUGCCAGUUUUGGUUUCCGCGGUUUUGCCCUCUGAUCAAAUUGUGAAUAAAAUUACAGGACUGUGGUAAAUUUGUGGUUGUAUUAAAUCAUAUGUGUUUAAAAUAUCAAUCAUAAGCCCCCCCCCCCCCCUUAUAUAACACAAUAACGAAAGGCAUUAAGAUUCUAAAUGUGCACUUAACGACUGUGCAUAAACGUUGGAUUUCAGUAAAUGACAUGGCAGUCUUCUUUUCAAUAUAAAAUAAAGGCUUCUUGUUUGUCAAGAACA